AGGGGCGUUCAAGGCGCCAGUCUCUGGCGUAAAAUACUGUGUUCUGUUCGGGUCAACGCCGUGUUUUUACGGCGUUCUGACUUAUCAAACGGCGAUUUUUACGUCAUUUCUUAAACAAACGGAUUAGAAAAUUGGAGAAUUUUGGCCUAGAUUGUUUGCCAUACUAAUCGCUGCUACUGUGAGUCGUUGGAAGGAUAAAAACAAAUCCACUGGAAGGAAUCGAGCGGGAUGUUUACUUCCCAGCUGCCGAAACUCGACAUAUGUAAUAUGUCCUGGGUAGAAGAAAUAUUCAACGAUUUGAUUCGGUCGUAACACAUCGUUUAAUACUCUGACGACAUUACGGCUUGUAUGACGCUUGCCCAGGGGAGAGAGUGGUGUUGUCGUUUAUCAGCUCCAUUUGCAUGUUGGAUGGCUGAUCUAUUAUGCUAAGAACAUGUUCAAAAAUGUUUUCGGCUCAGGGUUUCUGGUGAGAACAUCACAUGUGAUUCUGACAUGGGUCAUAACGUUAAUCCUCUUCCUACAUGAUACAGAGCUGAGGAAGCAGGAGGAGACGGGCCAGCUUUUCCAGCCCGUGCUCUUCGUCCUGCUGGUGCUGCUGUCUGUGCUGCUGUACUUCGCGGUCUCUCUGAUGGACCCGGGUUUCAUCCUGUCUGAUGACACGGACUUGCAGUUCAUGCUGGGAGUGACUGAGGAGCAGCAGGACAUGAUUCCUCCUGCCACCAAAUCCCUGAGACAGCGCCGUUGUGGCCACUGUCUGCUUCAGCAGCAGCCAAUGAGAUCAAAGCACUGCCAGACGUGUCAGCACUGCGUCCGGCGUUAUGACCAUCACUGUCCCUGGAUUGAGAACUGCGUUGGUGAGAGGAACCACCGCUGGUUUGUGUUUUACCUGGCCUUCCAGCUGCUAGUGCUUCUAUGGGGCCUGCACAUUGCCUGGACGGGUUUCACCUACGUACCCAUCUGGCACCAGUGGCUGCGUACAAACGGAGUCCUGACGGCCGUGACCAUGCUGCUAGCGCUGCUCUCGCUCAUCGUACUGUUGCUGCUCGGCUCCCAUCUAUACCUGGUUUCUCUCAACACAACCACGUGGGAGUUCAUGUCGCGCCACCGCAUCUCCUACCUCAAACACUGCGGUGCAGAUGAGAACCCCUUUGACCGCGGGACAUUCCAAAACCUUUGGGGUUUCUUCUGCAUCUGGGGCACAGUGGUGUGGGAGCAUGUCUACUUCAAGGAGGGCAGCGAUCAGGUUUAGGUACAUUUCAGUGAUGAACAGCCUCUCUGGAUCUGGGAUUACACACCAAAUAGGAGGAUAAACUGUGCUUGUGAGCGGUUCCCUUUAUAUAGGCAUUUGUGUUGUUGUGCCAUAACUGUGGAGCGUUUCCCUCCUUCUCAUCCUCUCAGUCGUUCUUUAUUGCAAUUGAUUGCCUGCAUUUCCUGUUUUUUACCUCAAAUCAGUCGUAGU